AUGAGUUUCUCCGUAUUGAGCCCCACCAGAAAUUUGGAUGGUGUCUCUGGGUUCUUUCAAGUGGUCUUCCUGCUCAGCCUAUUUCUGGUGCUUUUCAAGGCAGUCCAGUUCUACUUAAGAAGGCAGUGGCUGCUCAAGACGCUCCAGAAUUUCCCAUCCACUCCUUCCCAUUGGCUUUGGGGACACCAACUGAAGCUUGUAGAAGACAAGGAGCUCCAGCAGAUUCUUACAUGGGUGGAGAAAUUCCCAAGUGCCUGCUCACAGUGGCUCUCAGGGAGCUGUGCUCGAGUCCUGCUCUAUGACCCUGACUAUGUGAAGGUGAUUCUGGGGAGAUCAGAUCCAAAGGCUUCUGGUGUUUACCGAUUUAUUGCUCCCUGGAUUGGCUAUGGUUUGCUUCUGUUGAAUGGGAAGAAGUGGUUCCAGCACCGGCGGAUGUUGACCCCAGCCUUCCACUAUGACAUCCUCAAACCCUAUGUCAGAAUCAUGGCCGACUCUGUCAAUACAAUGCUGGACAGAUGGGAGAAGCUUGAUGACCAGGACCACCCUCUGGAGAUCUUUCACUAUAUAUCCUCAAUGACUCUGGACACCAUUAUGAAGUGUGCUUUCAGCUAUCAGGGAGGUGUCCAGUUGGAAGGAAAUUCCAGGUCCUACACUAAGGCUGUUGAGGAUCUGAACAACCUGGCUUUCUUUCGAAUUAGGAGUGCCUUUUAUGAGAAUGACACCAUCUACAAAAUGUUCUCUGAUGGCCGUUUGUCCCACCGUGCCUGCCAGAUUGCUCAUGAGCACACAGAUGGAGUGAUCAAGAUGAGGAAGACUCAGCUGCAGAAUGAGGAAGAGCUGGAGAAGGUCAAGAAGAAGAGGCGAUUGGAUUUCUUGGACAUCCUUUUGUUUGCCAAAACAGAGGAUGGGAACAGCUUGUCUGAUGAGGACCUGCGUGCAGAGGUGGACACAUUCAUGUUUGAGGGCCAUGACACAACAGCCAGUGGAAUAUCCUGGAUUUUCUAUGCUCUGGCCACCCACCCUGAGCACCAACAAAGAUGCAGAGAGGAGGUGCAGAGCAUCCUGGGUGAUGGAACCUCUGUCACCUGGGAUCACCUGGACCAGAUGCCCUACACUACCAUGUGCAUCAAGGAAGCCCUGAGGCUCUACCCACCUGUACCAGGUGUGAGUCGAGAGCUCAACACACCUGUCACCUUCCCUGAUGGACGCUCCUUACCCAAAGGUGUCUCAGUCGCCAUCUCCAUUUAUGGCCUUCAUCAUAACCCAAGUUUGUGGCCAAACCCUAAGGUGUUUGACCCUUCUAGAUUUGCACCAGAUUCUUCUCGGCACAGCCAUGCUUUCCUGCCCUUCUCAGGAGGAGCAAGAAACUGCAUUGGGAAACAGUUUGCCAUGAAUGAGCUGAAGGUGGCUGUGGCCCUGACCCUGCUCCGCUUUGAGCUGCUGCCAGAUCCCAACAGGAUCCCAGUCCCCAUGUUAAGACUGGUGUUGAAGUCCAAGGAGGGGAUCUACCUGCGUCUCAAGAAGCUGAGAUAAUUCUGGUAGAGAAAAGGACAGCUCUGGGGGCCUGCUGCCUGCAGUACAUUCUACUUGUCACCUGCUUUUGUCCCAGGCUUAUCUGUAUUUCUUUCUUUCCUCCAAUCCUAGUCCCUCUGCUGUCUGUAAUGUCUCCUGUCAUCCCAUUUUUCUGCCCUUCUUUCUCUAACUCUUCCCAGACUCUUCCCAGAUUGUGUGUGUACCUGUCUCCCACCUGGCUGUAUUUCUGACUGGUCACAUAACCCCUGAACACCUGCCUGUCCUCAGUUUAUCCUUUAUAACCAUCACCCUGACAGAAGAAGAGAUAUUUUAAAGGGAAACAUUCAUGCCUCUCCCUUUGGCUAUCAGACUCCUGAGACAAUGGACCCCAUGAAUUAAAGUGUCCUUAGGAAUCACAUGCUGGGAGAAAAUUAACGUUAAAAAUCUGCACCAGCCAGAAGAGGAACUUGACUAACAAGAAGAGACUCUACAUAUUCUGUUUGUCUCA